AUGGAUCUUCUGGGCGACAUUGUCGAGCACGACACCUCCACAGAGCCCCAGACACCUGUUCCAGCGAUCUCCGGGCCCACGACGGGGUUCCCUGUCGCGGCGAAGAGAAGGCCUGUGCGGCGGCGGACGGCUGCCGAGAGCCCAUCGAGCGGACUCUCUGAAAAAGAGCAGAUCCACCUCGAGAACAUCGAGCGGCUGAGCAGGAUGUCCGGAGAGGAGCGCGAGCAGGCGAAGGAGGAGCUGAUCAGCACGCUGGACCCAAAAAUCCUGCAGAUGCUGCUGAAAAGAGCAGAGCCAGACAAGAGCGAGCCAGACAAGAAGGUGCGGUUCAACAACGAGGCGUCCGUCAAGUACGUCAAGCCGUCGUCGCCGCUGGCAAUGCCGAAAUCGAGCAAGGAGGACGAGGAGUGGGAGGACAUUGAGUAUCUGGACGACUCGGGGCCAAGCUUCGAGGAGGCCCAGCGGCUGAAGCAGGCGUCGGUGCAUUUUCCAAGGCCGAGCGGCGAGAAACUCGAGAAACUCGACAUCAACGACCCGGACUUCAACGACAAGUUGCACGAGAAGUUCUUCCCGGACCUGCCCAAGGACCCCAAGACGUUGGAGUGGAUGAGGCCGGCGCCGGAGACGCCGAAACAGGUCACCUACAGCGCGGUUGCGGAGCUGCGGUUUGACCUGAACGGAGACCUGAUCACGUCGGAGAACAUAGAGAAACACGGCCGGGCUCCGGAGCUGCACCACCACGCAGCAAGCCCAGAGCUGCCCGGUUCGAGCAGCGGUGCUGGGGGCUCGUGA